UCGAGUCAAAACAAAGGAAAAUCAGUGCGAUUAGUCGUCCAUCCAUCAUCGAACUUUGGUGAAAGUCGUCAUUCAACUUUGUGCUGAAAAAUCUUUGCAAAAUCGUGAAUUUCAAUCAUCUGAUUGCCGCAAACCAUGGGUAAGAUCUUCCUCGAUCACAUCGGGGGCCAGAAGCUGUACUCGUGCGCCGCCUGUGAAACCAAUCUGACCAACAAACGGGAACUGAUCAGCACCCGUUUCACGGGGGCCACUGGAAGGGCCUACCUGUUCAAACGAGUAGUCAAUUUGACCUACUCUCCGGUGCAGGACCGAGUCAUGCUGACCGGACGCCACAUGGUCCGGGACGUGAUGUGCAAGAACUGCAAGGCCAAGCUCGGAUGGAUGUACGAAUUUGCCACGGAGGAGUCCCAGAAAUACAAGGAAGGUCGAGUGAUUUUGGAGCACGCUUUGAUCACCGAAUCGGAAGGUUUCCCGGAGGCGUGACCCUUUCUGUUCGACCCUGUCGAAUUCUAGAUGCUAAAAUUAAAUGAUUCAUAAUUACUGAUUAAAUUAUCUUCGUAAUGUAAGUGGCGUGCAACAUAAAAUUAUAUGAUUUUCGAUAUAUAAAUUUAAAAUCAAUUUUGUGUAAAACAUACUACGCAAAAGCAAUUAUACCAUUUCGAUGCAUUAAUAAACGUCGAUAACAUGCAUCGAGUUUGCAACCGCAAUAUUGAACCAUUCAAAAAUGUAGCUUGUAAGCUUUAGCGGCACUCAAUGGGACACAUUCUAUCCUAAAGGAUUUCGAUUCAUACAGCUAAAUAACAAAAUUGAAUACAUUGGCAAAUAAAUUUAAUGCUUAAACAAAA